AUGCUCUCCAUCCGCUCCUCCGUAGCCGUGAGUUGUGCAACUUGUUCGACCAGGCAUGUACCACCGCUGACGCUCGCUCGCCCCCCUCCCCCUCGUCCUCGCCUCGCCGUUGUCCUCCCCUCACGCCUCGGCCUCUGCGUUAUCCGCGCUGCCCGUUUCGGCUGAUACCGCGCCUGCGAACCGGCCCGCCGACGGCACGUCCAACAUCCACAGCGCCAAUUCGCCAACGCCGCCAAGGCCCACGGCGUUCGAUAUGCUUCUACCAAGGUGAGAGACUACGACUCGCUUCAGCGGAGACAGUUCCCGACCCUCCUUGCGCGACCAUGCCGGCCAGCGGUAGCGCACACGCGCCCGAUUUGACUGUUUUCUCUCUCGACGGCAACCAAUUGGGCAGGUCAGGCCAAUGUACCGUCCAGCUCAGUCCACCUACGCCGAAUACCCGGUCGCCCCACGACAACGAGCUAGUGUCGUCGGUCGCAGAAGUAACAGCGCUGGCGGCUGGCUUCAGUCUGCCGCCCCGUCCACUGCCUCUGUGGACCGGGCCCCAGUGCAACGCGCAGCCGGUGGGCGCUUGCGGAGCAUGCCGUGCCUCCCCUGGCUUGUCUCGACCACGGCCCCUGCAACACAAACGGACCCGCGCAGUUGCCAAAUUGUUGAUCGAGCUCGCCACAUCCCGGAAACGGGAUAACUAUGUCUCGACUAACCAUGGCUUGGGGAAGAAAUGGCCCGCAUGCGGGGAACUUCGCUUGACCCCACGCGGACCGCAUUCCUGCUCUCGGAGGGGCCGCAAUAGAUCGUCUAUCGUUGGCUUAUUCUGAUGUGUUCACUUUGGGAAUAUGCCUCGGUGAUGCUGUGUGUUGUGCCGUCGCUCACUCAACCCUCCUCCGCUGGCGCCUCCCCUUCCCACAGACUGUCCAAGACACGCUUGCCGAGAUCAUUCCCGAACGACAGGCGAUUGCCAAGGAGCUGCGUCAGUCUUGCGCUGCUCGAUCAUCUUUGGCGGAAGAUACGCAACGCAGUGCUGACUUCUUCUGAGGUCCAAACACAUUCUUCAUUGUGACACGAACAGGCUCGCAACACGGUGACAAGGUCCUUGGCAACGUGACCGUCGAGCAAGUUUUCGGCGGUAUGCGUGGUAUCAAGGCCAUGGUCUGGGAGCCCUCCGUUCUUGAUUCGGAGGAAGGCAUUCGCUUCUGGGGUCGCACGAUCCCCGAAUGCCAGCAGGUGCUUCCUACCGCUCCGGGCGGCAAGGAGAUGCUCCCCGAGGCCAUGUUUUGGUACCUUCUCACCGGCAAGGUUCCUUCUGCCGAAGAAGCCAAGGCUUUCCAGGAAGAGCUCGUUAGCCGCUCCACUCUCCCUGAAUUCGUGGAGAAGGCGCUUGAUGCUCUGCGUGAGUUGCAUUGGGGCGCUGCAAGUGACCGUAGCCGUCCGACGGAUCAGCUCAUCCUCCGCCGCCUUUCGCCUUGAAUGUCCCUACCGCAGCGACAUCUUUGCACCCGAUGACCCAGUUCAUCAUCGGUGUUGCGGCCCUCAAGUGAGCUCCACACCACGCGCAUUGGCCAGAUACAGCAGAGCACUGGAAGCUCACGCACGCGAUCGCUUCACAGCCACGAUUCUCAAUUCGCUGCCCAGUACAAGAAGGGAAUGAAGAAAGCUGACUACUGGAGGCCCGCCCUCGAGGAUUCGCUUGACUGUGUGGCCAAAUCCUUCACGAUUGCGGCUCGCAUCUACCGAAACACGUACCUCGGCGGUGUCAAGGACAUGCCCGCCUUGCAGAUGGACAAGGAUCUCUCGUGGAACUUUGCCAACCAGAUUGGCUUCGGAGGCUCCGAAGGCUUUGUCGAGGUCAUCCGUCUCUACAACGCUCUUCACAGUUCGUCGCGCCCGGCUCGUCCUCGUCGGACCUUGUAUUCGUUUUGAGCUGAUCCACCCGUGUUUGCCUGCUUGAAUGGUACAGCCGAUCACGAGGGGGGCAACGUCUCCGCCCAUACGACCCACUUGGUCGGAUCCGCUCUUUCGGACCCCUUCCUCGCCUAUUCGGCCGCCCUUGGCGGUCUCGCUGGUCCUCUCCACGGCCUUGCCAACCAAGAGGUGCUCCGUUUCGUCCUCGCUGCUCAGAAGAAGCUCGGUGAUUUUCCCAGCGACGAGAAGCUCAAGGAGUUCAUUUGGGACACUUUGAAGUCGGGCCAGGUCAUCCCCGGUUACGGUCACGCCGUUUUGCGCAAGCCCGACCCCCGUUUCAUGGCUUUGCAGCAAUUCGGUGAAUCGCGACCCGAGGUCGCUAAAGACCCCGUCUUCGGUUACGUCAACCAGCUUUACAAGAUUGCCCCUGGUGUCUUGACGGAGCACGGCAAGACGAAGGUUUGUCUUGGGACGAGCCCUUUUAUUUCCAACUCGGUGGCAGACUGGACAGCGAGCGGAGCUGACCGAGUCUACGCUUGUCGUUUUUUCAUAACAGAACCCCUUCCCCAACGUUGAUUCUGCUUCGGGAUCGCUCUUGUACCACUACGGUCUCAAGCAGUUCGAUUGUAAGCAGUCGGGCCAUCCUCGUCGAGGCAAAGACAGUUUAGAUCUAUCUCCUAAUCCAUUUGUCCUUCCCGCCAUGCAGUCUACACUGUCACAUUCGGCACCAGUCGAUCGAUGGGUGCUUUGUCUCAGCUCGUUUGGGACCGUGCUCUCGGCUUGCCGCUCGAGCGCCCCAAGUCGCUCUCAAUGGCUGCUAUCGCCAAACGUGCGUUUCCGUCUCUGCGUCUACCUCCCUGAUGCCAUGCAAGACUUGAUAGAGCUAAUGCGCCACUGGCUUGCUUCCUUUGCGGCAUACAGUCAUCAAGGCUGAUAUUCCCGGACUCAAGCAAUAG